UACAUCAGAGUCAGCCCUGAGCAGAGGGAGGUCACUGUGCUCCCGUGCUGUGUGCUCCGGGCCCUCGCUCCACCUCGUCCCUGCAGCCCGCUGCCCAGUGCUCUGUCCCCGAGGAAGCCACAGUCAGCCAAGGCCACCGACCCACCCCUGGAGCCAUGGUCCACGGGUACAAAGGAGUCAAGUUCCAGAACUGGGCCAGGACCUAUGGCUGCUGCCCAGAAAUGUACUUCCAGCCCACGUCCGUGGAGGAGGUCAGAGAGGUGCUGGCCCUGGCCAGGCAACAGAACAAGCGGGUGAAGGUGGUGGGCGGUGGCCACUCACCCUCGGACAUCGCCUGCACGGAUGGCUUCAUGAUCCACAUGGGCAAGAUGAACCGGGUUCUCCAGGUGGACACAGAGAAGAAGCAGGUGACUGUGGAGGCCGGCAUCCUCCUGGCUGACCUGCACCCACAGCUGGGCAAGCACAGCCUGGCCUUGUCCAACCUGGGAGCUGUGUCAGAUGUGACUGCGGGGGGCGUCAUCGGGUCCGGAACCCAUAACACAGGGAUCAAACACGGCAUCCUGGCCACCCAGGUGGUGGCGCUGACCCUGCUGACAGCUGAUGGGACCAUUCUUGAGUGCUCUGAGUCUAGCAACGCAGAUGUGUUCCAGGCCGCGCGGGUGCACCUGGGCUGCCUUGGAGUGGUCCUCACCGUCACCCUGCAGUGUGUGCCCCAGUUCCACCUGCAGGAGAUCUCCUUCCCCUCGACCCUGGAAGAGGUUCUUAACAACUUGGACAGCCACCUGAAGAAAUCCGAAUACUUCCGCUUCCUCUGGUUCCCGCACAGUGAGAACGUCAGCGUCAUCUACCAGGACCACACCAAUAAGCCCCCCUCCUCUUCCGCCAACUGGUUUUGGGACUAUGCCAUCGGAUUCUAUCUACUGGAGUUCCUGCUCUGGAUCAGUUCCUUCCUGCCAGGCCUCGUGGGCUGGAUCAAUCGCUUCUUCUUCUGGCUCCUGUUCACCAGGAAGAAGGAGAGCAGUGACCUCAGCCACAAGAUCUUCACCUACGAGUGCCGCUUCAAGCAGCAUGUCCAGGACUGGGCCAUCCCCAGAGAGAAGACCAAGGAGGCCCUACUGGAACUGAAAGCCAUGCUGGAGGCCCACCCCAAGAUGGUGGCCCACUUCCCCGUGGAGGUCCGCUUCACCCGCGGGGAUGACAUCCUGCUGAGCCCCUGCUUCCAGAGGGACAGCUGCUACAUGAACAUCAUCAUGUACAGGCCCUACGGCAAGGAUGUGCCACGGCUGGACUACUGGCUGACCUACGAGACCAUCAUGAAGAAGGUCGGGGGCAGGCCCCACUGGGCCAAGGCCCACAACUGUACCCGGAAGGACUUUGAGAAAAUGUACCCAGCCUUUUCCAAGUUCUGUGCCAUCCGAGAAAAGCUGGACCCCACCGGAAUGUUCCUGAACGCGUAUCUGGAGAAGGUGUUCUACUGAAGCAGAAACAGAAAUUAAUUGAGCCCACCUCAUUUCCCUCAGGCCCACCUCUGGAGAGGUUGAAGGCUCAAUGUCCCACUGGCCUGAUGGGGAGCAGACCUCUCUCUGCAGGACCCACAGCUGCUCCAACCCACAACCAUGAGCUUGGAUCUGGGCAGGGCUCCCCAUUCUACUUCCUGUAUCUUCACAACUACCCCAUGCAAAGAAGAGCACCCAAAUCUCCAUUUGCAUCUCCAUGGGGCAGUCCCUUUUCCUAAACCUACCACCACCACCUUCUGUUUUCCCAGGAAAUAGAGGAACCCCAAAAUGUUAUGUUUGUUUAAGAGGUCAGGGAUCCAGUCAUUCACAGGUUCCACCUGCCAGCUGGGUGUCUGUAACUCCAGAGCCCCUAUUAACGUGUAUUUGGGCACAAUUGUCAUGCAGGUAUCCUUACACCCUUGAGGGGGUUUCAAAUGCUCAAGUGAGUGUCCACCAGCCCUGGGACUGCCCUCCUCCAUCUCUGUCUGUCCACCUGACCUCCCAUAGCCUGACCUCUAAGCAUGUCUAUUUCACGGGGUGUUUGAGGAGUGGGCCUCUCCUUGCCUUCUGUUAAAUAAAGACCAAGAAU